CACAGAAGUGUGAUUGACUUGGAGUUACAUUGUGUUGUUUAAGUGUUCCCUUUAUUUUUUUUGAGCAGUGUAUAUCAAAAGCAUUGUCUCUUUCCACUUGGUAUCAUUCUUUAAACUUGGUAUAAUUUUUUCCACUUUAUAUAAUUAUUUUUUAAAAAACAAUGUACGUCAAGUUCUUUCAAAACUUGAAAACUGAAAUCAAGCAGUGUGUAACAAGUUUGAAAUGCUUUUAUUAUUUUCCAAUAUAGAAAUGCUAACGUGUUUCAGGUGAUCUUAGGAGGUAAUCUUUGUUGUAAAAAUAUUUUUGGUUUUAGAGUUGAUUGCUUGAGGGCUGUUUGGAAAUGUAAAGGAAGAUUUGCCUAUGUUCUUCUGGUUGAAGCUUGCUCAUGUCAUCGUGCUUGAAUUUGCACUGUACUAUAUGUUUAUAUUUGUAGAAAAUAAAAGUUACUGGAAAGGUUUGCUUAAAUCUUGCACACUAAGGGGAACUUGACAGGGUUGUGGGCAUUGUGAAAAAGAAUUAUAGCACUUGCAGUGAUCAGUCAUAUAAUGUAGCAAAUGGAUAUUGGUAAAAAUCUAUGUUAAUACAGAAACCCUUUGAAUCAACCCUAUUUUGGUAUAGUGUAGUCUUAAUGGUUCUUAGGGUUUGCCUUACCAAAGGAUAAGUGUCUGCUAAAUGACUAAAAUGUACUGUCCUACCAAGUGGUGGUAUCUGAUUUAUUGCCACUUAUGAGUCAACUUUUAGGGUGUAAAGGAGAAACUGAAUUAAAGGACAAUAAGGAUUGUGGUGUUUGAAUUAAUUAAAAUUAAAGUAAGCUUUUCCCACAGUGGAAAAAUGUAUGUCAGAAAUGAUGGCAGGUUAAUGGAGGUCAGAAACAGUGAGAUUCAUAAAUUUCUACAUACAUGUACUUGAAACAUUCAUACCUUCCAUAUAUGGGCAGGAUAUUUUCAUAGAGGGUGAAGAAUGAGAAAACGCCAAAAAGUUUUUGGGGAGGGAUAGUGUGCAGAUUGUCUGAACUAUUUCUGUGUUGCACUUAAAAGACUUGCCUGGAACCCUGAUGUUGAAUUGCAUUGAAUUCUAGGUCGUGCCGAACUGAGCGUUUGAAUCAGGAAAAGUUUAUUCUCACGACCUCUACAAGCCAGAAUGUUUAAUAAAAUUAUAUUUUAAUGUACUUUACCGGCAUGCGCACAAGAUACAAAUACAUGCACUACUUGCCGAGCUCGUGCACGUGUUUACAUGGUUUUGCGCAUGCUUCAGGGGAUAGAAAUCUGAAUGCACUACCAGGGCUUUGGAAAGUUGAUGUAAUUAUACUUUCCUGUGGAUAUAUUGUCUCACAUUCCUAUCAUCAAAAGGACCAACCUCACAGACGACCGGUAAAGCAUGGGAGCUGGUUCCAGUCAACCCAGUGAGAAUGAUGAGCAGGCCAUCAUACCCCAGCAGGACAGGAGGAAGACCUCUAACAGGAGACACUCUGAGGAAACACUGGACUGCCCUACCUGCCAGGGCACGGGCCGCAUCCCACGAGGUCAGGAGAGCAAAUUGGUGGCAGUGAUCCCCUGUACUGAUCAGAGGCUGAAACCACGACACACGAAGUUGUAUGUCACCGUGUCAGUGACGCUGUGCCUGCUGGUCAGCUCGCUGGUCCUCUUCUUCCUGUUUCCUCGCAGUGUCAUCCUCUCACCCGUGGCUGUCAAAUCUGUCUAUGUUUACUUCACCCCGAAAACUGUCCAAAUGAACAUCACGAACAUCCUGAAUAUUACCAAUGACAACUUUUUUACAGUUCAGGCCUACAACUUGACAGUGCAGGCUCUUUUCUAUAAAACUGUUGUGGGCACGGCUGAUAUGAAAAAUGUCACCACUGUGAAACCACUCACUGACAAAACGUUUGCCUUUGAGAUUCCUGUCAAGCUAGUGGAGGAGGGUCUGAACAAUUACUGCAAGAAAUCUACAAUCAAGAUCCACACGUUAUUUGUCCAUCUUCAGAUGUCCAUGACUGUCUACUACCUGGCCCACUUUGAGCAGCUUUCCCUGGACACGUUUGAAUACAUAGACUGUGGGGCUAACACCACAACACCCCACCUCAUCAACCCUACACCCUGAGACCGAGGGCUCAAUGAGGGGCGUGAGGGGAAGACUGAGGAGUAAGCAAUAAGGCUAUGAGGUGAACAACUGUGGUCAAAAGCCAUACAGUUGGUUUUUCUUGAAAAAUGCAAAUGUUCCCUCAAGUUAUGGGGAAGAAAGAAACAGCAAAAAUGUGGAGCUUGAAAUUAAUAUGAAAGCUCUGAAAUGUUGUGUUCCUCUUUUUUUUAUGCACCUCUGUAGCACUUGCUUUAUAAGUAGGGUCAUCUCUGUGGUUGGAGGCUCUGCGUUCUGAAAAGUAAUUUUCUUUACCAAGAUACUGAAAUACUUGAGUGGAUUACAAAUUUGCACAUUUUUGAAAGAGUAAUGCAUAAUUUCCAAUAAAACAGAUAACACAUACAAAA